AUGGUUAUUUUGUACUAUGAUCUGUGGCUGGGAAAGGCUCGUGUGCGUUGGGUGCCACAACCGUCAACAGAGGAAUUGAAGGUGCAACGGGAACAGACGAGUGUGGAUUUGUUCCGCCUACCACAAAUCAUCCAAAUGCUUUCUUCAAACGCCCUGUUUCUGGCGAUGAAACCCAAAUCCACGAACAGGAGACGAAAUAGCAAUCCAAGCUGUAGAAGCUUGGAUUUGGAAGCAUUGGAAGCAUUCACCUGGUGCUUCUCCUGCUCCGGAAGAGCGACGUCUGAGAACGAACGAUACAAGGAGGUUGCAGCAGUCAUCGUUCGAUCCCAGGCUUCCAAUCAUGUUACUCGCUCACGGGUUCCUGGAACAUGGACAGACGCCGUGGAUACAGGUCCAAAAACUAAGGAUGAGCUGCUGAAGUUUAGAGACCAGAACGUGGUCGUGCUGAGUUGGUUCGGGGGAUCCGGACCGCCAUACAAUCAAGCCCUGGCCAACAUCCGCCUCGUCGGAGUCAUGGGUGCUCAUUUCCUCGCCUUCCUCGCCAGGGAGGCUGGGACGCGAAUAGAGGAAAUGCACGUGGUUGGUUUGAGUCUUGGAGCUCACCUGGCCUCCUACAUCGGAUCGGCGCUCAAGGACAUGGGACAGGGGAAACUGGGUCGCAUCACCGGCCUCGACCCGGCUGGACCCCUGUUCGAAUUCACACAUCCCCUAGUGAGACUCGAUCCCGAGGAUGCCCUUUUCGUGGAUGUCAUUCACAGUGACGCUGCUCCUCUCGCAGCAGGAGUAAGACAAGUCGGCUCUUGGCUCAUGUUGGAGCAUGUGCGGUUUCCUAACAAUGAGCCGCCCAAGUUUGCCCGAUGA